AGCAUGGGUGUCAUAGGCAGAUUGGCAAGACUAGCAGUACCUCUAUCAUUCUUUGGCACAGCUGUCGGAUGUACCGUACUUGUAAAAGAUUAUUACAGUGGAGCAAGAUAUUCAGGUCAGGCAAGAAUAGAUGGUAAGACAGUCAUCAUAACAGGAGCAAAUACUGGUAUUGGAAAAGAAACAGCAAAGGAUUUGGCUGCAAGAGGAGGCCGUGUCAUCUUAGCAUGUAGAGAUACUAAUAAAGGUGAACAAGCAGCUGAGGAAAUCAGACAAAGCACUGAUAAUAAGAAUGUUUUUGUGAGGCAGUUGGAUCUAUCAUCAUUGCAGUCUGUAAGAACAUUCGCCGACAAUGUUGUCAAAGCUUCCAUAUUUGGAAUUGGUAAAGCUUUUGGAUAUCUAGUAGCAUAA